AUGGAUUCGUUUAUUUUUGAUUUUAAUACUGAUUCAACUUUCACAAAUGAUACAAGUAGUUCACAUAGUGAGUUGGAUUGGACAGCAUUUCAAUCAACAUCACCAUUACCAACAACAAGUAGUCCAUUUACACCAUUAUGUUUAUCACAACAAGAUGAUGCUGUUGCACCAAAUAAUCAAUCAACUAUAAUAAAAACAACACAUGAUGAUGAAAUUUAUUUUGAAAUAGAACAUAUUUUUAAUGGUUUUAAUCAACAGCAACAACAACAGGCACAUUUACAACCUAUAGAGCAAGAACAACAAGGAAUCAUAGAACAAAUACAUACUGCAAAUAUAAAUAUUUCCUAUCAAACAAUGAAUGAUAGACAUCAUGUUGAAUCACCAUUUCGAACACAUCAAUCAUUAGUUAUUAAUGAACGACUACCGGCACCACUUGUACCACGUGUUUCUUCAUCACGUUCAAAAUCUUAUCAUAAAUUGCCUGAUCAUGCUGUUAAAUUAAUGCAAGAAUGGUAUAAUGCUAAUUUGGAUAAUCCUUAUCCACGUUCACCAGAUAAAAAACGUUUUAUGACAGAAGGUAAUAUAACAGCUCAACAGUGUCGUUCUUGGUUCGCUAAUCGACGUCAACGACUUAAACAUGUUAAAAGAAAUCAAUCAAGAUCAACAUCAUCACCUUUAAAUCAUUCAUUACGGGCCAAAUUUACUGAAAUACAACCAGUAGAAGCACAUCCUAUAGCACAUGAGCAUUGCUAUUAUUGUCAACAGCAACAGCAACAACAGAUAACUUUAUCAUCAUCACCUCUUUCAUUCACCAUACCAACAACACCUAUGACAACAACAACGACAACAACAACAUUAAAUGUUGUUAUUAAUCAACAAACAGUCGAACAAUUGAUUCAUAAUAGUCUUCGUAAAUUGCUCUAUCCAUCUCUUAUAUGA